AUGCAUAGCCCCCGACAUCACCACCGCCUCCUCCUCUCCAUCCUCCUCGCCCUCGCCCUCCCCACAACAACCCUCAACGUACCCCCAAGACAAAAAGACCGCGCCUUCUUCAAAUUCCACUCCCGCCCCGACAUCGACGCCCCAACCUGGACAGUGCAAAUCCACGAAGAAGCCGCCGUCGACCCGGGGUACUGGUUCGUAGCUCCCUACUCCGACCUCGACCAGCCGCGCCCAGGCGCCGGCUACGUCGGGCCGCACAUUUACGACGCGCGCGGCGACCUGGUGUGGAGUGGGGCGGGCAUGUUCCAGCAUUGGAAUACGUUUGAUUUCGACGUCACGACCAUCAAGGGGAAGCAGAUGAUGACUGUUUUGUAUCCGCAUGGGCGCGCGGGGUUGAUUCUCGAUGAGAAGUAUGAGGUUUGCAAGGAGGUGGGGCUCGAGGGCGUGCAUGCGGAUAUGCACGCUUUUCGCGUGAUUGAUGGCGGGAGCAGGGCGUUGGUUAUCACGGCGGAUCAUGUACGGGUUGGCGGGGAGGAGGCGGCGAUGGUGGGCUUUUAUGAUCGUGCGGGCUGUGCGGUCGGCCAUGUCGGGUUUGCGGAGUUGGAUGUGAAUUUGCCUGGGAGGCCGGUGUUUGAGUGGAGUUCCAGGCAUCACGUUGGGUUGGAUGAGGUGACUUUUAAUGAUGAUCGAGUGAAGGAGGAGUGUGCGCAUCAUUGGGAUAUCUUGCAUGCCAACUCCAUCGACAAGUUUGCCGACAAUGACUACUUGAUCUCCGCUCGCCACACGGAUACCGUGUACAAAGUUUCGCACAAGGACGGGUCAAUCGUCUGGAGGCUCGGGGGCGUGGAGUCCGAUUUCGAUUUUAUCGGCAGAGGCAAUCCCAUUUUCUCCAGACAGCAUCAUGCCCAAGUCAUCGGCCAGGAUCGCACGCACACCAUCAUCUCCCUCUUCGACAAUGCGAUUGGCACGGGUCCUAAUGAGUUCAAGACGAAUAGCAUGGCUCGGGGCCUGAUUUUGUUGCUCAAUACCGUAGACUGGACGGCCAGUAUUCUUUCGGAAUAUCGGCACCCUCGCGGUAGCACCGUCAGCUCUCGAGGAAGCUUCCAAAUCCUGGAGAGCGGCAAUGCCUUCUUGAGUUGGACAUAUUCUUCCCGCAUCUCGGAGCAUGCGCCCAACGGGACCGUGGUGAUGGAAGCAGUAAUGAACGCGGAAACGCACACCUACCGCGCAUUCAAACAUCCAUGGAUCGGACGGCCCACGCAACCUCCCGAUGUCGUGUCCGAAGCCGUCUCCACUAACAUCGGCGACACGCACACCAUUGUGCAUGUCAGCUGGAACGGCGCGACUGAGGUGGCAACGUGGGUACUGCGCCAGGCGCACGAGAACGGGGUGGUGGAAAAUACGACGCUGGCCAUUGUCGAUCGAACCGGGUUCGAAACGGAGAUAGCGUACGAAGGGCUGGCGCGGUAUGUGGUGGCCGAAGCGCUGGAUUCGAAAUGGAACAGUCUCGGUCGGUCGAAGAUUGUGCGAACAACGCUGCUGGACGAACAGGGCACUUUCCCCAUCACGCACUCUCUGGUCGAUACACUGCGAAGGUCGAAGGGUCUGGCCGUGCCGCUGUACUCGAAGAAUCCAGUGCAUGCCUUCUUCUGUGGGUUCGGGGCAUGUGCGGCUGCUAUUUUGUGUCUGCUUUGGUGCGCUCGGCGCAGACCGCUGCUCCCUGCAUUGGCAGCUCCCCGGCGAGUGAGCAAGUAUGACUUGUUCAUGAGAGAGCAUCUCCGAUCACUUUAG